AUGGCUUCAACAAGCACCAGUCCACAAGAUGAGCGCCCAACAGCCGUCCUCGAAUUUCCUACUCCUGACACCACUACAAUGCCAAGUCUCCCAUGUAUCCCCUACCUCAACCAGCAGCUCGACUCGUGGAAUAUGGAUACUGCGUUCUGUCCCGUGAGAUAUCGCUAUUACGAGGCCAACGAGCGGGAAUACCUCGCUAUCCACGCAGUCCCUCCUGGCUGCGCCUAUAUGUUGUGUGAGCUCCUGGGUCUAGUCCAGUACACAAACAUGCUCUGGCAGAAUACCGGACCCCCUACGAACCCGAACUCCUUCGCGCGGUCGCCCUCAGGAUCCGGUCCCUCGUCCAAGACUUUGUCCACGUGGUCACCGCACACCGGCGUAUAUGGCUACCGCACCCGCUUCUUCGAGGCCCGAGGUCGGAUACCAGAUGAGUACAGCCAGAUCAGUGCGAGACCCCACACCGGAUACCCCGGCAUUCUUUACGCCCGCUCAUUCGCCCACCCCGGGGUGCGACGGUCAUUGAACAUUGCACGAUCCUUCCAGCGUAACCAGCUUGCCUUUAUGAAUCGCAUAUGCGAUCUGAUCGACGAAUUUGACGAGAACUUUGGGGAUGGGUCGGAAGAUAAGGACGAGGACGAGCGUUCCAGCAGCCAGUGGAGGCGCCUAGCCCCGUUCCUGGAACGUGAUCUUCGCCGAGGAUAG